AUUGUGAAUAGUGAGCAUUGCGUAUCUUUGGUACUAGAUCUUAUUGCUCUACUUCGAUUUCUGUCUACUCUGCUUCAACCAGCACUUUUGACAGACCGUUCUUUUCCGGUUGAAACUUUCCAAGAUGGGUCGCGUACGUACCAAGACAGUCAAAAAGGCCGCUAAGGUCAUCAUUGAGAAGUAUUACACCCGCCUUACGUUGGACUACCACACCAACAAAAGGAUUUGCGAAGAAGUCGCUAUUAUCCCAACCAAGCCCCUCAGAAACAAGAUCGCUGGUUACGUUACACAUUUGAUGGGACGUCUCCGCCACUCGCAGGUUCGAGGAAUUUCCAUCAAAUUGCAAGAAGAGGAACGUGAACGUCGCGAUAACUACGUCCCAGCCGUCUCCGCUUUGGAGCAAGACAUCAUUGAGGUCGAUCCAGACACCAAGGAGAUGUUGAAGAUGUUGGAUUUCAACAACAUCCGUGGACUCCAGCUUACACAGCCGGCCACAAACAACUUCAACAGGCGAAACUAGGAGUAGUUCGGGAAAUACUGUCCUUUUACUUUUUAAAAAAUAUAAACUAAAAAGAGGA